AUGCGAUUCUCAAAAACUAAAUCUGAUAAUACAACAUUAUUAAUUAAUGAACAUGAGACAACAACGUCUCCAAUAUCAUCAGUGUCGCAUAGAAAUCAUCAUUCGUCUAUUCAAUGUCAUACCUUACUAGAAGAGCAUAUGCCAGAUUCUAAAGAUAAAUCAUUACCAUCUUCAGAAUAUAUUUAUACUGAAAUUGUUAAAGCAAUUGGAAAUAAUGAAUUUAUUGAAGAAAAACGUUUACUUAAACGAGCUAGUUGGAGUCCAGGUGUCCCUCAAGAACAUGGUUUACCACCAACUGGAAAACGUACAGACAAUGAACAAUUAACAACAAAUAGAAAUUCUAAUCGAGUACGCAUAAGACCAAAAGUAGCCAGAUAUUUUCAACCACAACAAAAUUCACACUAUCAUCAAAUAUCUUGUGGAAGACCUGCUUCAUUUAAUGAAGGAUUCAAUCGUCAUUCAGUUGAUCCUCAAUCAAGAAAACUUGCAAAUUCAUUUUUAAAACAUAAUGAUAGUUUUUCAUAUCAACAGCGUGAAUCCUCACCUUCUCUCUCAUCAUCUUCAGUUGAUGCACUAGUACAUGUUACAGGAUGUACAUCACCUUCAUAUGACAAUAGUGAUUUUAUGAGUGAUACAUCAACUGCAUCAUCAAUAACAACGGCAAAUACGCUAACAUCUUUAUCUUCAAUCAUUCCUUCUCAUAUAUCACGACGAACAAGUCCUAAUAGCGAACGUAUUCAUCCAUCAAUAAAACGUCCAUUAUUAAAUGAAUAUCAACAACAAAAUUUAACACCUAUUGAUUACAAAUUUUCCUCACCAGCUAUUACUGUUCGUUCAAUAUCUCCAAUUUCCUUACCUCCAUCUAUUUCUACUUCUAUAACUUCUUAUGCUCAAUCAAAAGGUCAUGAACAGUCAUUGUCGUCUGCCAAAGGGUCAUCACUAAAUCAAUGUACAGAGUUUACUUCACAAACAUUAACUGCUGAUACAUCUCGAGACAACAUUGGUCCUUCAACCACAAUAACGACACGUAGUAUAAUGACUAUGUCAAUGUCACCUAAUCGCCAUCAUAAUCAAACGCGUUCGGCAAAGGCUAUCAUCACAUCAUCUCAAAUAUCGCCAUCACCAAACGUCACAAUCAUGACAAACAAUAGCGAUGGAUUAAAACAGCAACAGCAACGAGAUCAAACAGAAUCGACAAUGGUUUGUAAUAAUGGUUGUUUAAAAUCACCGACAAAUACAAAUAAUAAUAAUCGUAUGAAAAAAUCUGUUCAUUUUGACUGGCAUUUGCCUAAAGAAAUUCGGUCACGUUCACCAUCACCGGUCAAUAUAGAUUCUAGUAGUAAUUACCAACAGACUGUUGCAAUUGCAUCUUCAUCUUCUUUGUCCAAUGAUUUAUUAAAACGACAAUCACCAUCAGUUGAUAAACCUAUGCCAUUGAAUAGUUUACUUGUAAAAACAUCUUCACUUAAUACAAUUAUUAAUCCACAAAUCCCACAACAAUCAUCAUCAGCAACAUCAACAGCUAAAAAAUUAAUUAGUAAUGGUUUUUUUAAUUUUAUUGGUCGUUCAAAUAGCAGUAAUAACAAGUCAUCAACAUCGACCGAAGAAAAUAAACAAUUACGACGUACAUCGUCCACUCAACUACGUGCUCAACGAAAGACUAAACAACAUACGACAUUAACAACAGGGACAAACGGAAAUAAACGUCUUAGUGCGGAUGUCGAAUCUCUUCUUCCUGUAUCUUCAAUCAAUAGCAAUCAUUGUGAAAUAUCGAAUGAAGAUGAUCAUAUAUUUGACAAGGUUACAACAAAUAAUAAUAAUAAUAUUAAUAGCGAACGACAAUCAUCGAUUUCUCUUGUUUCAACAUUGGUAGACAAGAAAUCAUCUAUCCCACUGUGUACAAACACUAACAUCAAUAAUAGUUCAUUAUCAAUGUCAACGAGUUCUACGACGACAAUUAUGAAGUCGGAUGAAGGUGAUUCAUUAAAUAAUGGACUUCUUUUUCGACCUGUAACUGAUCCCAAGUGUGAUUAUGUUUUACAUGAUCAUCAAACAAUAAAAAAAGAACCUUUCUUUUUAUCACCACCAAAAUCAUUGUCUAAUGGUGAUGAAUCUACUAUGAUGCAAACAUCGACACUUAUUAUUUCGACACCACCACAAUACCAUUAUUAUUUGUAUCCCCCAGCUGAUAAUACAAAUACAUUGUCAUCAUCAUCAUCAUCAUCAUCGUCAUCAUCAUCAAUAUUAUCGAAAAAAAAUUCGAAAUUAAUUUCAACAACAAAUCGUACUGUAUCCAAUGUUAGUAUCAAUAGUGUUAGUACAAGUUCAUCUUCAUCAUAUCGAUCAUAUGAAUCUCAAAUGCAUGAUAAUGAAUAUCCACAAUCAAGUUAUACAGCUCUUAAUGCUGAAGAUGAAACUGCAUCUAAUUCAACUUAUUCAAUCACAAAUAAUAAUAAUAAUAAUAAUAAUAAUAAUAAUAAUAAAACACGUCAAAAGAAAGUUAUUCAAUCAGCAUUAAUUGAUUGGAAAAUGAAAUCAUCAUCAUCAGAUAUGAGUAAUGAUUCAACAACUACAACAAAACCUGUUAUAUUAUCUGAUUCUGUACAAGCUUUUUGGCCUCCACCACCUUCACCAUUGACAUUAGAUAAAGAUUCUGGAUUAGCAACAAUGACAUCAACAACUACUGAGCAAACUAAACAAUCAGAAUCAAUACCCAUACCAAAUCAUAUUAUUAGUUCGAAUUCUCACAAUGAUUCAAUAAAUGUUAAUCAUAUUAAUAUAUUAUCAACGAAGGAAGAAAUUGGAUCUUAUUCUGAACAACAUGCAUUUACUAAUGGUUGUCUAAGAAAUGCAAGUGAUACAUCUUUAGAAGAUACACCAGCAUCAUAUACAGAACGUUUACGUGAAAAAUCUCGUUCAAUACCAAUGAAUCCAAAUAAUGAUAUGUGUUCUUAUUUAGCACGAUCAAUAUCAAAAGAUGCUUUAAAUGAUUGUCAUUUACGUCCAAAUACACAUUUAAAUAUCACAGAAUUUCCUUUAACAAAUGAAAAUAUUUUAAGACCAAAAUCAGCUGGACAACAAAAUCGUACAACAUAUAUUAUAUCAAAACAACAAAGUGAAAAUUCUGAUCAUGAUUUUCAAUCAAAACGAGAUUUUUUUGAAAAUCGUACAUAUACAGAUAAUACAUCAAUAAAUUCAUCUUUAUCAUCAAUUCCAACAAAUAUAUUACCUACAAAACCAAAAAUAUAUACGUUAUCUCCAGCAAAUUCACAAAUUAAUAAUAAUAAUAAUAAUAAUAAUAAUAAUAAUAAUAAUAAUAACGGUCUUUUACAACAGACAACAGUAAAUAAUACUCCUCAACGUAAUGUAACAAGACGUUCAUGGAAUGAUUUAUCAUCCAGACAAUUGCCACCAUCACCAUCGUCUCCUUCCGGUAAUCUAUAUUUUGAUUCAACAUCCAAUCAAACAUCAUUUCCUCCUCCACCAACUAUUCGAAAACCAGUUCGAAUUGUUAAAGCCGUACAACGAUCAUCACCUCCAAUAAAUGAAUUAAUUACCACAAAUCGUCCAUUAGCAACAUCAAAAACAUAUUCACUUGCUAAACCCGGUCUUUUUGCAGCUUCUCCAUUAAAUUCCUAUCAAAAAUUACCUAAUAAAAUUUCACAUUCAAUUCGACGUUUUCAAUCUCGUGAUGAAAAUGAUUUACAAUUUAAUUUAAAAGAAUUUGCUUUACGUUAUCCACAUAAUCAUUCAUUAAAUGAAUCAGAACGUUUAACAUUAUCAAAUGAACAUCAUAUUAGUACAGAUUAUACACGUGCAUUAUUUCCUAUACCUGAUCGUUUAAAACGUAUACGUUCAAGACAAAGUUCAGGUGGUGAUACAAGUUCUAUAACAACUUCGAGUAAUUCAUCAUCAGAUUAUAUUCAUCGAACAGUAUCGAAUGAUAGUUGUAUUUUUGAUGAUGAUACUCUUCGACAAGCGGAAGAUUUAUUAAUUAAUUUAAGAAAACGUCGACAAAUUCUAAAAGAAAAUCAACGAACAAUUAACGAAGAAAUUGAAGAUAAUAAAAUUCUUGGUGCUAAAUUAUUAAAUAUAAUUGAAUCCAAUGCUGAAUCAAAUGAAAUCGAAAAAUUCAAAUUACAUAUUAAUGAAAUCGAUACAAUAACAUCAAUCCUUCUGAAACUAAGUAGUCGAUUAGCUAAAGUUGAAAAUGAUUUAUUGAUACUUUCCGAUAGUAAUGAGCACACAAAGGCAAGUUUAAUUGAACGACGUGAAAAAGCUCAACAAAAACAUGAUGAAGCUAAAUCAUUGAAAGAUGGUAUUGAUCGUCGCAGUCGUUUAGUAACAAAUAUCCUUCGAAAAUAUCUUUCUAAUGAACAAUAUGAUGAUUAUGAACAUUUUAUAAGAAUGAAAUCAACAUUAUUAAUGGAUGCAAAAGAAAUUGAAGAAAACAUAUUAAUUAUAGAAAAACAAAUUGACAUUUUAACUCAAAUAUCAACAUCAGAUUGUCAAAAUUUACAAACAUCGAAUAAUGCCGAAAGUUUACAAACGAAUUCUUUUAAAGCUAUAUCGAGCACGGCCUAG